AUGGCUCCUGCUAUUGUAGAGGAGCCACAGCCGCGCGCAUCGAAAGCUUCCUUAGCUGCGGUGACGGAGAAGUACGAUGAUACACUCCGAUUUUACUUAAACGGUACGAAGGUUACUCUAGACUCGGUAGACCCAGAAGCAACCCUGUUAGAAUACCUUCGAGGGAUUGGACUUACUGGCACAAAGCUGGGGUGUGCAGAGGGCGGUUGUGGUGCCUGUACUGUGGUUGUUUCGUACCGCAAUCCUACUACCAAGAAGAUAUACCAUGCUUCAGUCAACGCAUGUUUGGCACCGUUGGUUAGUGUCGAUGGAAAACAUGUUAUCACCGUGGAAGGGAUAGGGAAUUCGAAAAAUCCUCAUCCUGUCCAGCAACGGAUAGCAGUUGGAAAUGGGAGUCAAUGUGGCUUCUGCACUCCAGGAAUAGUCAUGAGCUUAUAUGCCUUACUAAGAAACGACCCUACCCCUUCAGAGCUUGCGAUUGAAGAAGCAUUCGAUGGCAAUCUUUGCCGAUGUACUGGAUACCGGUCAAUUCUCGACUCCGCGCAGUCCUUCUCCACCCCAUCAUGUGCCAAAGCACGAGCAAACGGAGGCUCGGGGUGCUGUAAGGAGAACGGUGGAAGCUGCAAUGGUGGUGCAAAGAAUGGCGAUUCCGACGGGAUAACUCCAAAGGCUAUUCCACAGUCAUUCAAUACUCCAGAGUUCAUCCCCUACAAUCCAGAAACGGAACUCAUCUUCCCGCCCCAGCUACACAGACAUGAGCUGAAACCACUAAGUUUCGGGAAUAAAAGGAAACGAUGGUAUAGACCCGUAACCUUGCACCAGCUCCUGGAGAUUAAGGAUGCGUAUCCAGAGGCAAAAGUGAUAGGGGGGAGUUCCGAGACACAAAUUGAAAUCAAGUUCAAAGCCAGGCAAUACACACACUCAGUAUAUGUUGGCGACAUUCCAGAGUUGAAACAGUAUACCUUCACUGACGACUACCUUGACCUGGGGGCCAAUGUUUCACUCACAGAUCUAGAAGAGAUCUGUGACGAGGCUCUUCAGCGGUAUGGGCCUACUAAAGCACAGCCAUUCAUUGCUAUCAAGAAGCAGAUACGGUACUUUGCUGGACGACAGAUUCGCAAUGUGGCAUCGCCAGCUGGUAACAUCGCCACAGCAUCUCCGAUUUCUGACCUCAACCCAGUAUUUGUCGCAACAGGCACGAUACUCUUUGCCAAGUCACUGAAGGAGGAGGUUCAGAUACCGAUGGACCAGUUUUUCAAAGGUUACCGAACGACGGCACUCCCUGCCAACGCUGUGGUUGCAAAGCUACGUAUCCCUAUUUCCCAGGAGAAUGGUGAGUAUCUACGAGCGUACAAGCAGGCAAAGAGGAAAGAUGACGAUAUUGCUAUUGUCAACGCUGCCUUGCGUGUAUCGCUUUCUGAUUCGAACGUCGUUAUGAGUGCAAAUUUGGUAUAUGGAGGUAUGGCACCAACAACCAUACCUGCAAAGAAAGCAGAAGAGUAUAUCGUUGGAAAAAAUUGGACAGACCCUGCGACAGUUGAAGGUGUAAUGGAUGCUCUCGGUCAAGAUUUUGAUCUUCCAUCAUCAGUGCCAGGAGGCAUGCCUACUUAUCGAAAAACUUUAGCCUUUGGUUUCUUUUACAGGUUCUACCAUGACGUUCUUUCAUCUAUCCAAGGUGUCCAGGUUCAUUGUGAAGAAAAUGCUGUCCCAGAGAUUGAACGUGGAUUAUCUUCCGGUAUUAAAGAUCACGAAGCAACGGCCGCUUAUACCCAGAAGAUUGUUGGAAAAGCAACGCCAACUGUUUCUGCACUGCUGCAGACCACCGGAGAAGCUCAGUAUACUGAUGAUAUCCCGGUACAGAAGAACGAAUUAUUUGGAUGUCUUGUUCUUUCAACCAAAGCUCGAGCUAAGAUCUUAAGCAUUGACUUCACACCUGCAUUAGAUAUCCCUGGUGUGGUGGACUACGUGAGCUCCAAGGAUCUCCUCAACCCAGAGUCAAAUUGGUGGGGGGCGCCAGUCUCCGAUGAAGUAUAUUUUGCAGUCAAUGAAGUCAUCACUGACGGCCAGCCCCUUGGCAUGAUCGUUGCUACGUCUGCUAGAUUGGCUGAGGCUGGAUCUAGAGCGGUGAAAGUUGAAUACGAAGUUCUUCCUGCCAUCCUAACUAUUGAACAGGCCAUUGAACACAACUCAUUUUUCAAGCAUAUUACGCCAGCUAUUAAGAAAGGAGAUGUCGAAGCAGCCUUUGCUUCAUCAGACCACAUCUACUGCGGCACCACUAGAAUUGGAGGCCAGGAGCAUUUCUAUCUUGAAACCCAUGCAUGUGUGGUUGUACCGAAGCCAGAAGAUGAUGAGAUUGAGGUGUUCAGUAGCACACAAAACCCCGCUGAAGUUCAAGCAUUUGUUGCCAAGGUCACCGGAGUUGCCGAAAAUAAAGUUGUUUGUCGGGUUAAACGACUAGGUGGAGGUUUUGGUGGAAAGGAAUCCAGAUCCGUGCAGAUUGCUAGUAUCUGUGCUCUUGCUGCGAAGAAGACUAAGAAACCUGUCCGCUGCAUGCUUAACCGCGACGAAGAUAUUGCUACCACCGGGCAACGCCAUCCAUUCCUGUGCUACUGGAAAGUUGGUGUGAACAAGGAUGGUAAACUCCAGGCACUUGAUGCGGACGUCUACGCCAACGGUGGCCAUUCACAGGACCUUUCACUUGGUGUUGUUCAACGAGCCCUUUCCCAUAUUGAUGGAGUUUAUAAAAUACCCAAUGUUCACGUCCGUGGAUACCUUUGUCGUACAAACACCGUUUCAAACACCGCGUUCAGAGGCUUUGGAGGGCCUCAGGGUAUGUUCUUUGCUGAAAGCUUUGUCUCGGAGAUUGCAGACCAUCUGAAGAUACCCGUAGAAAAGCUGAGGGAGAUCAAUAUGUACAAGGACCACGAGGAAACUCAUUUCAAUCAGGCACUGACUGAUUGGCAUGUACCACUGAUGUACAAGCAGGUCCUUGAGGAAUCAAACUACUAUGCUCGUCAAAAGGCUGUGGAGGAGUAUAAUAGAACUCACAAAUGGUCAAAGAGGGGAAUUGCCAUAAUACCUACCAAAUUUGGUUUAUCGUUCACGGCCCUGUUCCUGAACCAAGCCGGUGCAUUGGUACAUAUAUACCGCGACGGUAGCAUCCUUUUGGCUCAUGGUGGUACUGAAAUGGGUCAGGGACUGCAUACUAAGAUGGUCAUGAUUGCUGCCGAGGCCCUCAAGGUCCCUCAAUCUAGUGUCUUUAUCUCCGAAACAGCCACUAACACUGUGGCUAACACAUCUCCCACUGCUGCUUCAGCAAGCUCCGAUCUCAACGGCUAUGCAAUUUUCAAUGCAUGUGAGCAACUCAAUCAACGUCUACGUCCAUAUCGAGAAGCGAACCCCAACGCUACUAUGAAGGAGCUGGCAACGGCAGCAUACUUUGACCGUGUGAACCUUUCGGCGCAGGGCUUUUACAAGACUCCUGAGAUUGGGUAUAAAUGGGGUGAGAACACAGGAAAGAUGUUCUAUUACUUCACGCAGGGUGUUACUGCUGCAGAAGUUGAAAUAGAUACGUUGACGGGAGAUUGGACUCCCUUACGUGCUGACAUUAAAAUGGAUGUCGGCCAAAGUAUCAAUCCCUCAAUUGACUAUGGCCAGAUAGAAGGUGCAUUUAUUCAGGGGCAGGGUCUAUUCACGACUGAGGAAAGCCUCUGGCAUCGUGCGUCUGGACAAAUUUUCACUCGAGGACCCGGGACGUAUAAGAUUCCAGGAUUCAGGGAUAUACCUCAGGUAUUCAACGUCAGCCUUCUGAAAGAUGUGGAGUGGAAAGACCUGCGAACAAUUCAACGAUCACGGGGAGUUGGUGAGCCGCCUCUGUUCAUGGGAAGUGCCGUUUUCUUUGCUAUUCGAGAUGCGCUGAAGGCUGCUCGAAAGGAGUGGAAUUCAGAAGAAGUAUUGCGCUUGGAUAGUCCCGCAACUCCGGAGAGGAUUAGGAUAUCUUGUUGUGACCCUCUUGUUGAAAAAGGGAGAGUGGAAGAUAAGGGUGAUGGGUUCUUUGUGUCUAUUUAA